UUCUCCUGAUUCAAAAGUUUAUUUUUCUUCUAACAAAUCUCUGUCAGAUAAAAUCAUUUCAUUGAGAAAAAAUGAAGAAUUUUUGGCUUUUACUUUCUUUCUUCUUUACCACGGCUUUUGGGCAGAAUUUCUCGGAAGAAAUUCACUUUAUUGUCUUCCAAGAGAAUCGUCCAGUGAAUACGUCGGAGUUUGAAACGAAGAAUCCCGUCGAUUUGGGUUUGUGCAAUCCGGGUGAUGAAUUAGCGGUGAUUGUGCACGGAUGGCUCGAGAGUUGCUCCCAUGAGUGGCUGCUGGAUCUCGUGUCGAAUCUCACGGAAGUUCGCGGAGGGUGUAUCGUGUGCAUGGACUACAGUCGCUUCUCGAAGAAUCCCGACUAUUUUGCUCUCGUGCGGCAAUUUCCGCAAAUUCUCAAUGUCCUCUAUGAACAGUUGAAUGACUACCGGAGGGCUGGUCUUGAUCCCAGUGAUACUUACAUGUUUGGAUUCAGCUAUGGGGCUCAUCUCUGCCUCCAAUCUGCUGCUCUUCUCGGUGAGAGGGUCGUCAAGGAGAUUGAUGUUUGCGACCCAGCUGGUCCAGGAUUCCCAAAUAUGCCUGACCCACUGGUAUCAGCUGAGAAUGUUCAGUGUAUCCACACAAGCAACGACAAAGGGACUCAUAAGAGAAAUUGCCACCAAAAUUGGAAUAUGGGACACUGCGGAUGGAGCCAAAUUGCAGCUGGACCCUACCCCAAAGGUUCCCACGGGCUCUGCCCGUAUUUCUACAACAGCGCCUUCCGCAAUUUCUUCGUAGCAGUUUCCCGCCCAGCUGCUUGCCCCGCAACACCACGUGAUUGCCAGGAGCAUCCUGAAAACUUCCAAAUGGGCUACAUGGAGAGACGAAAGCAGAAAGCCUUUGGGACGCUCUACGCGGCUUCAACGAGGAAUUAUCCCUACAAUUGA